UUAGCGUGCUGGCUGAAUGCACGACAUUUAUUUUAUUAAAAAAAAAAAGAUGCAUUAAACGCGCCAAUUGUGCCAUCGACUAUUAAAAAAUGAUAUGUCACGGCAUGAUUUCAAAAUGGCUGAUUGUUUUAUUUUUUAAUUUGACAUAAGUCUCAAGUAUCGUGUAUUGACUUUUCGUGUUUUGUUUAGUGAUAAUUUUUUAUGUUAUCUGUGAUGCUGUGCGUACUAGUGUGAUAAUGACAACUAUUUAUGUGCUCGGAUUUUUCAGUGUAAAGGAUUACAUGGAUAAAUAUGGCAGAUCAAUUGCAUCGAUCAACGAAAUUAGUUAAAAGAUGCCACAUUAUGAACAAGAACAAAUGGAAGUGUCCCUUCCAAACAUACUUUCUAGAUUAAAAUAUUAUUAAAAAGUAUUAGGGAAAUUAUCAAGAUGUCGUAAAUAAAGUUAACUAUCGAACUUUUAAACGAAAACAUUUAAGUGUAGUUGGAAUAAUGAUGGAGUAGAGGUCGCUGCUGUGAUGGGGUGUGGUCAGAGCAAAAUUAAUCUUUACCCCAGGCGUAAUAAGAAUGGCGGGAAAGGAAAUAGUGCCAAAAAAUCGGGCGCAGCAGAUAAGGAGGCUGACGAGGAGGAAGGCAGCGCGGCCGCGGCGCCCACAGAGGACGCCGACGAAGCCGCGGAGCGCGCAGAUCGCGCACGCAACAUCCUGCCGCUUUCCGCGCAUCCACCCCCCAUUGAGGUGUCAGCGAGUCAACAAGACUUCUUCAAAAUGUUGGACGAGAAAAUCGAAAAGGGCAAGGACUACGAUUCGUCCAGUGAAACUGAAGUGCGAUUAGAGCAAGAGCGCCGGCGAAUGCUGAUAGAGAAGUGGCGUUCGGCCUCGCAGUCCACUCAGUCCUCACAGUCGCAGCCGAGCCCGCCCACACCCGCCAGGAGACGUGUUCCCAGACCGAUGCCGCAGCCGCCCGAGCGACAAAACAGCCCCGGUGCCGUCAGGAGGUGUUACCGGCAGCAGCACGUCCCCGAGGGCAUGUCGCCCCCGCCACGACGAGCACACAGCGCCCAGUCCCACCAUCCGCCUGACUCGCGUCCCGUCAACGGAGAUAACUGGCACGAUCCUUCCAAAUCACCCGUCAAAAGACCACAGAGUGCCGGCGCCAAUUGGAAGAGUAAUCCCAAAGUUGCACCUUACAAUCAAAAAACCAAAAAGACUGAAACUAAUGAACACCAAAGAAAUAUCCAAAAAGAAGUAGAAUGUGAAAUUAGUCCAGAAACUUCGCAGAUCACUUACAACCCAACAUUCCAAAGUCAAAGUCCAGCGCAUUCCGCUAAAGGCCAGCAGCCAUACAUUGCACAGAUAGUCAGCUAUCCCAAAUCACAACAGGUGAACCCUCCGUCGCCACCCAAGUUCAUAGCGCCGCCGGAAGAAUACCAAGAUCCUCAAAACAAUGUAGAUAACAAAUACAAUAACGUGCAAAAGCCAGCUCCGACAACGCAGCCCAACAAUCAAGCCAACAUCUACUAUAUCCACGGCAACACUGCGGCCGGCUUCUCCCAGGACAUCGUGCACCAGAGACAACAGACGGCGAUACAUUUACAGCAGUACGUUGCCAUGAAGCAAGCUCAGCAGCAAAUGUACACGUACUUCCAAAGAGGACCUCAUACCAUUUUCCCGAACGUGGACUACACUCAGACACCGAGGAUGUACGAGGGUGAAGAAUUUUCGAUGCAAUAUGGUCACCCGGCUAUGAGACCGCACAGUGCUCCCACUCCGGUGGGAGUCGUUCGACCAAUGCCGGUAGCACCGGGCUUCAAGCCUCUCCCGGACGGCACCCAUAUGGUACAAAUGCCGAUGUGGACGCACAUGCCGCCUGUAGUUACGGCGAUGCCAUGGGUACCGGGACAGGUGCCGCACGAGAUGCAGUACUACCCGCAGUCUCAGUACUUCCCGAUGUACCGACCGCACUCGGCAGGCUCCGCGGGGACACUUACGAGAUAUCAUAAGAAGGAAGCGUGCGAGGGUGACGUGAAGAAUGUGUGCCAAAGUAUAAAUGUAGUGAGACAAAAGGUGGUGGGUCAGAUCGUGUCUGUGGCGGGUCAGGGGCCAGGGAUGGGGCAGGAACUGACAGUGUGCAGCAGCGCCAGUGAAAGUCCGAGCCCCGCCUCCGUGAGCACGGACAGCGGCGUAUCCCCGGGGAACAGCGCGCCCAGCUCCAAGACUUCCGUCUUCAGCCCUGACACCGCCGCUAUGGAUAAGAGUAAAAAGAAAUCCACUCACCCACUCAACGCAAGAUCAUUAAAAAAUUCUAAAAGUCUAGAUUCUUAGGGACAGGUUUGUAAUUAUGUAGAUUUUCUAAAUGUACGUAGAGUCUAGUCGACGUGAGGCUCGUGUAAAAUAUAGUAAAAUUAGAAUCUAUAAUGCUUAUUUACUACGUACUGUAUGGUAUUUAUAUGUCUUUUUGCCGCUCUAAGAAAGGAAAAAAAGCCAAUGAAGAUUACAAUAUAUCUAUUCAUUCCGACAUGAUGGUUUAAUUAGCGAGGAAAAAUUGGGUACUACAGAAUUCAAUAUUUCAUAAUAUAAUGAUAAAAACUGCCUAAUGAUAUUGCACUGUGACAUUUCUAAGUGAUCGAUGUAAGAGCGGCAAUGCAAGAUACAAGUACUGUAACUAUGUGAUUUUAUCGAAUAAAUUUAAUUUGAAUCAAUUGGUAUUGUGGAUGUACUAAAUUUUAAUGAAAAUAUUUAAGUCACUGAACGCA